CCGGCAACACGCGCCCGCCGCCGCCACAUAAAUAGCGCCGAGCGCGCCCGCGGCCACCGCACCGCUCCGGCCACCGCACCGCUCCAGCCGCCGCACCGCUCCAGCCGCCGCUCCGGGUGCUGCCCGGCUCUGCCCCGCGCCGCUCCCGUCGCCGCUCCCAGUCCCGGUGUUGGUCCCUCUCCGUGCCGUCGCCAUGCCGUUCCUGGGGCAGGACUGGCGCUCCCCCGGCCAGAGCUGGGUGAAGACGGCCGACGGCUGGACGCGCUUCCUGGACGAGAAGAGCGGCGGCUUCGUGGGCGACAUCAGCAGCUUUUGUAAAAAAGAUGAUCACAACAAAGAGAAUCUCUUCAACAGUGUAAACUAUGAUGUUGCUGCCAAGAAGAGAAAAAAAGAUCUGCUGAAUAACAAAGCCAAGACUCAAUAUUUCCACCAGGAGAAGUGGAUCUACGUUCACAAGGGAAGCACAAAAGAGCGCCAUGGUUACUGCACCUUGGGAGAAGCCUUCAACCGGCUUGACUUCUCCAGCGCUAUCCUGGAUUCCAGGCGAUUCAACUACGUUGUGAGGCUGUUGGAGCUGAUAGCAAAGUCUCAGCUGACGUCACUGAGUGGCAUUGCCCAGAAAAACUACAUGAACAUUUUGGAAAAAGUUGUUCAGAAAGUCCUUGAAGAUCAGCAGAACAUCAGGCUAAUAAGGGAAUUGCUGCAGACCCUCUACACAUCCCUCUGCACAUUAGUCCAGCGGGUUGGCAAAUCUGUCCUGGUCGGAAACAUCAACAUGUGGGUGCACAGGAUGGAGAGCAUUCUUCACUGGCAGCAGCAACUGAACAACAUUCAGAUCACCAGGCCUGCCUUUAAAGGAACCACUCUCACCGACCUGCCAUUGUGUUUACAAUUGAACAUCAUGCAGCGACUGAGUGAUGGGAGGGACCUGGUUAGCCUGGGUCAGGUGGCUCCUGACCUCCAAGUGCUCAGUGAAGACAGGCUGCUGUGGAAAAAACUGUGCCAGUACCACUUCACGGACAGACAGAUUCGCAAACGUCUGAUCUUAUCUGACAAAGGACAGCUGGAUUGGAAGAAGAUGUACUUCAAGCUCAUAAGGUGUUACCCACGGAAGGAGCAGUAUGGUGACACACUGCAACUGUGCAGGCACUGCCACAUCCUUUCCUGGAAGGGUACUGAUCACCCCUGCACAGCCAACAACCCAGAGACUUGCUCCACCUCUCUUUCACCACAAGAGUUUAUCAACUUGUUCAGGUUCUGAACUUGGGUCUGUGCAGCUUAUGCAAUUCCUACAGGACGCUUUGUCACAGAGCUUGGACACUCCAUUUGUAAAUAGUGUAAAUAUUCAUGUUUGUUUGAAGCUCCUGAGUCAAGGAACAAGAGGAUCUCGGAGAAGAAAGUGCAGUUGCUCACUGACAUGCAGCACUUAAGGAAUACAGACUUCCAUAGGACUGGUGUAUAAAUACAGCAUGUUGCACAGAGUCCCUUUUUUAUCAUCAGAGUACAAGAUACAGGGCAAAAAGGCCUUCAUUUUUUGUUUUUAGAAGUUAAAAAUGAAUUUGCCCCGCAUCCAUUUGAGAACUCUUCUGGUUUGUUUCUAAUAGAGAGAAAGCAAUAUGAGGCUAGGACUGUUGAACUGUUCCUCCAUCUGGUUUUAUUUAGCAUACAUAUUUAUAAGUAUGACAUUUUAGAAAUAUUUAUGAAAAAUAUCCCUGUGACAAGUUUAAUAAUACUUCAGUGCUUUUAGAAGGACACAUUCUGAAAUACUUAGGAUAGAAAUUAGCCUACUUGCGAGACAGAAUCGCAACAUACCACUUUCUACCUCCAGUAGAUUGAGUACCUUUCAAACAAAAAUCCAGUGUACAAUGUGAACUUUUGUAUUUUGUACAAUGAUUUAAAGGGAAAUGUUUGUGAUAGUAAGCAUCUUUUCUUGUAUUAAUGCUUACCUCUUUACAUUAGUUUUCUUGCUCCACUCAGUGCUUGAAUGCCUAGAUGAUAGGCACCAUAUGAAUACCUAAGAAUCUACUCCAUCCUCUUUUAAUUUGUUGGUUUUAUGAAAGACCAUGCAAAUGUGAAAAGACUAAAGGAUGAGUAUUAUCUAUAAGGGAGGAAGUUCUAUGAUAGGGAAACAAAGGACUGGAUUUAAUCUCACAAGGUAAAUUCUUAUCUGCUUCAUUAGGUUAAUUGCACUAGUUGAAAUCCUAAGUGAUGUUAGAAUCUGUUUUUUUCAAGCCCAUGUUUUCCAACAUAUGCACUGCUCUGUAUUCCCAAUGCUUUCAAGUGAAUUCAGUCACCUUGGAGCUGGUAACAUAUAGGGAGAACUGGGCCCUUGAAUCUCAUUAAAUGAUGCGGUUUUUAUUCAUUGGAAGACUGGCAGCAAAUAUGUAGUUUCAGAGCCCUGGAGCUUAGGGAGUGAUUAGUAUUUAGCAGCCAGGGCUUGGGUACACAAGGAAUUUCCAACAUCUUUGGUUCUUUCUCCAUGGGCAAAGAUCCAAGGACCCUAGUCCUUUCUGCUUCCAGUGCUGAGCUGCUUUAUGGGAUCUUCUGACCCUAACCCAGAGCUAAAUUUUCAGUCCUACAGAGUAAGUGGCCACUUCACCAUGGCUGUGAUCUGGCUCACUGUCUCCUCUGUUACAUGCAAUGCUUCACUUUUCUCUACAGUGGAGCUUGAAGAAUCCAGCUCAUACAUAGCAAUGUGAAAACCUGCAGUGGAAAGUUUUUGCUGUUUGCUGGUAGAUUUCCUGUAUAGCACUUUCUCUGUGUAUGAUGUAAGCAGGAUACCUUGUAAGGGUAAAUAUUUAGUGGGUUGUGUGUGACUGUGUACAAAAAUUUUGAGGAAAAGGAGUACUCAGGACAAUUCAGGAAGAACUACUUGAGUUAUUGUUAAAUAUGCUGUUCCUUUUUUUACAUUUUUAUAACUGACUUUGAACACUUUUCUGCAGCUGUUUGUAUUUUAAAAUGACAAUAUUUACAUUUUUGCAAACUAAAUCACUUUGCAUAUUCUUGGAAGAGAUGCGAAAAGGGAAAAAAGCUGCCUCUAGAUGGAGCAGUGGGAAGAGGGGAAGAAAACAUGGAAAAUGCUGACAAGAGCUGCCCUUCUCCAGCCACCUAACAGCAAAUCCUGAGUUUUUGCUCUUCCAGAGAGUUCUGUGAGCCUGCACCACCCUUAGCCAUGGCCCAGAGCUUGUCACUCUCCAGAGAUGAGGGGAAGACGCAUGCAGGAUAACAAGCUUUAUCUUGGUGUUGAUGCCCCAUUCAUCAGUUUGUCUGCUGGUGGAAAGCAUAAGCCUCCUGAUCAUACUCUUGUCAACUGAAAGUGAUUUAAAAACUGCUACCUUGGAAAAAUACACUUGUGCUUGUUUGGGGGUGUUUGUGAGUAAAGGAGGCCAGUUUCUGUUUUCCUUCCUGUGUUGAUGGCAGCGGGUAGACAAGGCUGAAAUCUGGCUUCGUGAGUGAGGACAUUAAGAAUGAAACUUGCAAGUGAAGUGAGUGAAGCAUUGCCACUGAGUUUGGAGAGUCCUGUAUCUCCUUUUUCCAGCAGUGAGUAGCCCUGUCCCCUUGGCAUCUUUUGUUUCCAGCUCUGACUUGGGGUUGGUUUGUUUUGUAGCUUUGCCUCUGCCACUCAUGGUGAGCCAACCUGUUGUGAUGGGGAGGCAACAUUGCUGUAUUUUGGUAUGAAAUGCUGCAGCACUCUGCCUAGAGAUUGUGACACUGAGUGAAUUUAAACUCAGAUUUGAAUCUGGCCUACUGCAUUCCUUGCGUAAGAAGAUGGAAAUUCUCAAUGUUGAGCUCAGAUUUGGGAAUGUCUUGGCUCCAGCCAUUGCUUCUAUCAAGCCAGAGACCCUGGGUCAUACUGACAACAGAUUUAAUGUGUAACUGAGGUUCCUAUUUAUAAAACUUACUUCAGUUACUGUGUAUUUUAUUUCUUAGCACUGUAAGGGUUGAAGUGCUGAAGAUGAUUUGUUAUACACAGACACUUGUCUGUUCCUUGUGUGAGGUCUUGGGAUAUUGCCGUCAGUGUCCAAACUAGCAGCAAACCAAGAAACUACUGUACAAAACAAAAAGAAACAGAAUAAGCCUCAGUUACUGCUUCAGUCAUUACACUCCUGCUGCAGCAAUUGUUAAAGAUGGCCAUGAUCUCUUUGGGGACCCAUUGUUUCUCGAGUGGCUGGUACAGGGAGAUGUUGCAGUAAAUUCAAUACUCUUGGUUUGUAUUUAAAACAAAAUGCUGUUGCAUCCAAAUACCUUACUCAUUUACAAACAAAGCAAUUAGUAUUUUAGGGGUGUAAAGGCAUCUGCUUGGCUGAGGAUGGCAGAGUAACAAAAUUGACAGUGACAUCAGGGGCUUCCAGGUGGGAUGGUUUAAGGCUGCUCUCAGGCAAAAAGGACCUCUUUAUUUUAAGACAAUUGUGGCAAAGCUGUUGUGAAGGGGAAAGCAGACUUUUGCUUGUAUUGUGGAAAUGGAAUGUUCUUUUCAAAGGACGUUUCACCUUCCAGUUAGUUGAUGCAUUUCCAUUAGAUAUGCAUCAGUUCUUAUACCGGGAAAGGAGAGCUUUUCCUCUCUUUGGGGUUUUCUCUUGCCAGCCUAUCCAGGGAAAUCUCACUGUCUUUAGAGGAUGCAUUAACUAGUGCAACAGCAUAGAACAUGGUACUGUGAAGAGGAAAAAUAGAUCCAUGGAAGGGAGAAGGCUUAGGAAGGGAGAGAUCCUGGAGAUCUCUGUUUCGGCUUUCUAGAAGAGGCCAGUUUUUUUGAUGUGGUGGCCAUUUCAAGAGGCACGAUUUCAGCUGUACAUACCUUAAGCCAUUUAUAUUAACUAUGGUAUGCUGAAGUUUGAUCAUAAAGUGUGUGUACCUCCUCUUAUGUUUAAUGGGUUUCUUUUUUUUAACUGUGGGAAUUGCUAGAUCCUUAAUUAUGUAAAGUGAUUAGGAAAAUGUGUAUUGCUCUGAAGACAUUGCUUUGUAUGUAAACAUUUAAUUGCACCCUGCCACUUUCUGUAUAUGGGAAUAUAUUUUAUAUUUUUCUUUGCCUAGGAUUUAAACUGUUUGUAUUCCCAUUUCUGUUUGACUUCAAUUACUUUUGGGAAGCUGUCACCUUCUAGAACAUACACAGGUACUAAACCAGCUUUUCCUGCCCAGAAAAUUCCUUGGCCCUUAGUUGCUAGAAUUUCAUUUAGAGCAGGAACAUUUCCAAUCCCAUUGUGUAGCAAACAAAUCAGAUGUGCGUUUCACACUGAUCUCCUGCUCGGUACAGCAAACCAGCAUUGUCCUCUGUGGUUGUCUUACAAACGUGUUGCACAUCUUCCCUGUAGAUCAACACCUUGCCAAAAAGACAUAGCUUUAAAUUAAAAUGCCCUCUUUGUAGCUGGCCUGUUUGCACAAGCACAGGCCCUGUGGAGCUGAUGGCUGAUCAGGCUGGUAUAGACUCACUCCCUCCUUCAAGGUUUGGGACUCUGGUGUUCUGCUUGUGCUGCUUUCUCAGCUCUGAAGCCAUGGUCAGCCAUUCACACAGCUCUCAGUCUGUGGCUGCUGGGCUCUGAGUCUUUACCAGCACCUAAUUUCUAUCCAGUGUCUUCCUCCAGUGAUUCUGUUCGUAGCAAAUCAGCUUUACAGGAUCUGGCCCUAGGAGAAGAAAUCCAUCUUGUCCUUGACACAUGCAGUCUCAAGUAUAUAGAUACUCUUGACACCAGAGAAAUUCCUUCUUUAUUGACCAAGUGUUGCUGUUUCUCCUCCUGGGAGGGCAGCUCAGGAUGGAAUUUGCCUUUCCUUAGCCAUCCUGUGCUGCACAGAAUGCUGACAUGUCAGCUACCAAGAAAACAUUUUAAUUUGAAAUAGAAAAUAUGCUCAUAUUUAGGAACUAAUCUAUAGUAAUUAUAAUUACAUAUAGAAGAGAGCGUGUGUCCUAUUUUAUUUUUCCUUGAAGUUGUAACUAGAGAUGAUAUUAAAUGAAAGGCAUCCCUUAUAUAAGACUUCUUUUUAAUAUUAUUGUGUGGUUAAAAUACUUCCAUUAUAAAUUUGCACACUUUUUUCCUCUUUCCUUGCAUGUUCAACUGAUUUUUAUAGCUGUUCUGUGCAGACAGUAUUUUUGUAAAACAUUUUUGACACUGAAUUGCAAUAAAUGUUCAAACAAUGUGAA